AGCUCGCCAAGCCGAUCUAUCUGCUUUGAACCAGUCAGUCAGUCAGUCAGCAUGUCUGUCUGUCUGUCUGUCUACGAAGAUGCAACAUGCAACAUGCAACAUGCACUCACACAUGCAUCCAUCAUGGACCUUCCAAGUCAGUCAGCUUUAGCUACCGGUCUACCUGUCUGUCUACACCCUUCCCGCCAGCCAUCCAUCCAUCCAUCCAUGCAAGCAUCAGUCCCUCCUCGCGAUCGAUCGGUUGGCAGACAGAUAGCUACUCUACAGCCGGCCACCCAUCAUCCCUCCUUUGAUCCUUCCUCUCACCCAUCAUGUGAUGGUGCCCAUGAGCUCGUCGUCAUCGUUGUCCUGCUGCUGCUGCCCAGCACUCGCUGCUGCCGGCGUCUCACUCGCAGACAAGUGCCUGACACACACAUGGGGCCGGCACGAGUUUGUGUGGGUGUGUGGGGGGGGGGAGAGGUUUGUUUGGCGUACUGUUGUGCCUCGGCGAGAGAGACGGCCCCCGGCCCGGGGCACUCUUCGAAGGUGAUGAGUGCGAUGCCCUUGUGCUGAAUUUCCGCCACCAAAUCGCUGCGGCGGCCGUACAGCUUGCGCAGCAAAUCGUUGAACCUGCACCCACGCACAAGCAGACACAAAAUACUGUGUGUGUCUGUGUGUGUGUGCGGACUGGACUGUAUUGUGUGUACUGUUGCGGUUUGGUCUUGUCGAUGGAUUUGCUCCUGAACUCCUCGAUGGCCUCAAACGCACGGCGGCUGCCGCCGCCCUCCCGGUCCUGUCAGCCCACCCACACACACCCACACACAGCACGAGUCAUGUCAGGCGUAAUGCGUCACGUGGCCGCCUGUCUGUCUGUCUGUCUGUAAUGAGAUAGAUACAUCGAUGAGUUGCUCGAUGCAGAACGCCAUGGCCUCAAACACAUCCGACACCUCGUGGUCCGUCUUGGCCUUGUCCAGAAGAUCCUGCAACCGACCGACCGACCCACACACACACACACACAUCCAUUAUACGUACGACGCUCCCAUGACGGGUUCUCACAUUGAAGUGUUUGAUGGUUUGUCCGGUGCUGAUGGUGUGUUUGGUGCGCUUGUCAGCCGGCAGCUGCUGCUCGCUGUCGUCCUCCUCCUCUACCUUUGGCACCCUCUGGCCGCCCAUGCCGUCGUCGUCUCCCUCUACCUUCAGGUUCUCGAGGUCGGCAUGGAACACAUUCUCAUCCUGAUCAUCGACAUACACAUACAUACACCACACACACAUGGACGAACGAGAUCUGUGUGUGUGUGAGUGUAUCUGGAUGCGCUGCGCACCUUCUGUUUCAACACCUCACGCCAGUAGCGCUUGCGCCCCACGGCCUUGGCCUCAACUGCAUGCAUUGCAGACAUGUGGUGUGUGUCACACACACACAAGCAAACGAAGCCUCGCAUACAUACAUGUCAUGUGUGUGGUGUGUCCCCUCAAGAGACAGACGUACGCACCUUUCUGGAAUGUGAAGGCUCCAUUGAUCUGAUCUACGGCGGGCUGGGCGGCAGACGCCAACUCGGUGUCGGGACGCAAGUAGCUGACAAAUUACACACAUGGAUGGAUGGAUGGACCACACAAGACAACGAGCGCCCCACACCCUGAUUACACCCAGCCCAUCUGGGUGGGUGGGUGAAUGCAAUGCAGCAGUGGAUGCAGUGGAUGUGAUGCACCUACCUGUUGAUUUUCUCGUCGAGUUCAGGAAUGGGUGCCUGUGGGUCGAAGGCGCGCACGAGGAGCGCCUGGAAGAACCGCUGGUUGGUGGGAUUGUAGGUGUCGCGGGGCCGCAGCAACUCGUCACUCCCCUUGACGCCCUCCUCAUCCUCCUCGUCAUCCUCACCUUCACCACCACUGACACACAUCAAUGUCAACACAACACAUCACAUGCCACACAAACGUCCUUUCUUUCUCUCUCUGUAUGUGUGUGGGGAGAGAGGGUGGGGGAGGGGGAGGUCCAUGGGUGCGUACGUGUGUUUGGUCAUCUUCAUGCUAUCGAUCAGUGUGUCUACGGCGUUGAGCUGAGCCUCGCUGGGCGCCUUCAUGGCCUCCAAAUUCCUUUACACACACACACACACACACCAGAGAGAGAGAGAGAGAGAGUGCAUUUGCGCUAGUGGUGUGUAUGUCAAUCUUACGGGAAGUCGAGCGUGCGCAUGUCCUCGUGGUAGGGAAUGGGGUUGAGAUACAGACACUUCUUGGUGCGCUUCGCCUCUAACACACAUCACAUUACAUCACAUCACAUCACAUCACCACAUCACACCACACCACACCACACACAGGGAUGCAUCCGUGUCUGCGCAUCCCUCCCUCCCUCCCUCGGCGGGUCGGUCCCUCACCUGGCCGGAGUAUGCAGAGUUUGGGUUGGGCAUUCUUGCAGUAUGAAUAUUUGCAGAUGAGGUACAGGCGCAGCUCCUCGAGCGCCUGGGCCACGGCAGCCAGCGCCUCGGCCGCCGGCUUGUUGUGCUCCUCCGCCACCACGCACUCACACGGCGGCAUCAGGUAGUGAGCUGACCCAACCACGCACACACAGGCAGGCAGGCAGGACACACAAUGGAUGGAUGGAUGGAUUGAUGGAUGGAUGGACGGAUGGCCGCACAGAUGUGUGUGUGUGUGUGUGGAUUGGGAGUAGGGGGUAGCGGUAGGUACAUGGGAUGUCGGAUGCAGACACGGCCCCAAUACACACCAUGUUGCUGCCAUGCCAGCCAGCCAGCCAGCCAGCCAAGGCACACAGAUGCAACGCAUCGCAACGCAACACAACAGACAGAGAGGGGAGGGGGAGGGAGGGGCAUGCUUAGCUUAGCUUAGCUUUGCUUACCGGUCACAUUGGUAUUUCGUGAUGUUUUCGAUUUGGUGCUCGGCGACGGCCACUGUGGUCUCGCCGAAGCGGAAACCCUUAGCGAUGUCCAUCAGCUGGAUGUCAGCAUCUGAAACACACCACAACACAAGACACACACACACACACACGCACACACACACACACGCCCGUGUGCGCGUGGUGGUUUGUUUGUGUAUAUGUGUGUGUGUGCGCGUGUGUUUACCAUCCUCGUCGUCGCCUACUCCGACUUUCUGGUACUGGGUGUCGGUUCUCACUUGGUCACCGUCCUCGGUGGGGACUUUCAGCUGAACAACACAUACACAGACAGACAGACAGACCCAGACAACACAAAGGGCAAUGAACACAUGUGUGCGUGUGUUUGUAUGCGUGUGUGGAGGGGAGGAGGGGAGGGGAGGAGGGGAGGGAGGGGCUGGAUGUCUACCUUUUUCUUGGCCGUGGGGAGGGGCUCCCGCUUGCACUUGAUGUAGCUCCACACCGGGAUCUGCACAGACAUCCACACACACGUCAUAUAUAUGUUAUAGAUCAUGUUGGAUGGCGGUCUCGUUCGAUCCCGCCCAUCCCCCACGCCCCCAGGUCAGCCGACCUUCAUGUUGGGGUGUAUCUGGAGAAUUUCCCUGUACUUGGUACGCUGCAACUUGACCUUCUUCCUGAAACAAACCACACACACAGAGGGAGAGGGAGAUGGGAUACUGUAGACAGGUAGAAGAGCAUUCUCUCCUGCGGAUGGGUCGGUGGAGGUACGGUACACACAUGAAGAGUCUGAGGUUGUCUAGCACGUUGGUCGACGGCUGCACAAUCCCAUCUGCACACAUAUACACAACACGACACACACACAUACACACCCAUGCAUUAAUGCAUGCAGUGGGUGACACCUGCCUGCCUGCCUGCGUGCAUGCCUACCUGUCUUGUUGGCCAUGUCCUGCAGAAACCCCUCUACCUUAGCCUACGCCACACCAAUAAACACACACACAUCCACCACAACAAACAACCACGCACAUCCGCACCGCAACACAGCGACAUCUCUCUCCCUCACUCACUCACUCACCCGGUGUCCGUCGUCGUCGGCCCCCGUCCCCCCCGCACUCGCCGCUGCCGCCCCACCCCCACCCCCAUCCCCCGACCCACCCCCGGCAGUGAUGUCGGUGUCGCCCGUGAAGCCGAUGCCGAUGGUGUAGAGAGGACACUCCAUCUCCUGCACAUGUGGGCUGGGCGUCAUGUCGAUGUGGGGGGGCGGGGGGGCGUGGUGUGCGUGUGCGUUGGGUUUGGUGUUUGCCUGGCGUGCGGUGCGCACCUUCAUUUUGUCUAGGAGUGCAGCGAUGCCAUCCUCCUCUCCAGCAGGGUCAAAUGUGCACAGGCCGUUGGUGUAGAGGAAGAUCUGACACACACACAAAGAAAGGAGCGAGUGAGUGACCACACAGACAGACACACACACGCACACACACAGGAAGGAACGAGGCUAUUUUGUGGUGUGAUGUGAUGUGGUGUGAUGUGAUGUGAUGCUUGUUGGUUUGGCCGCCUGGCUACCAUCUUCUUGUAUUUCUUCCCCAGGUAGGUAUUGCCCUUCGACAACAGGUCACACGCUGAAACACAACACAACACAGCACAUCACGCACACACACACACAGAUGGUCUCCAAGACUGUCCUGUCUAUCCCGGACGGCCGGCUGGUGUGGUAUUGUAGAUACCUACCCACGAACAGCGCGUCGAGUAGGUUGCUCUCGGCGUCCUCACACCCCUGGUCCAUCACCUCCUUGACCAACCUGACGCUGCCGUCGCCCAACUUAACACACACACACACACACACAAACACGCGCAUCAGACUCACGCCCAUGAUAUCGUUGUGUGUGUGAGGGUGUCGGUCGGUCGGCGCGUACCCCCGUUUUGUUGGAUGAGUAUCUGAGUGUGGUGACGUUGUGGUAGCCCUCGCCCUCGACCUCGUCGUGCAUCGAGUUGCUCGUCUCUGCAGAUGGGGUAGACAACACACGCGCACCCACUGCAUCCCUUACACACACCGCCACACCGCCACACCGCCACGUGUAGCACACUACGGCACAGCACCUAUGUGCUGUGCUGUGCUGUGCUGUGCUGUGCGGUGUUGUGCUGUGUUGUGUGGCUGGCAUCGCCCCACGCCCAUCGACCGACCUUGAGUGCCCAUGCAGACGACGGCGAGCUGCUGCUUGGGGUUCAGCAGCAGCUUGUGCUUCAACUGAUCUAUCACCGCAUCCUACACAGACACACACACACACACAUAUACGCGCAUCCAUGGCCGCAUCCGUGUGUGUGCGUAGGUGGGGAGGCCAGGCCGUGUUUGUGUGUGCGGACGUUACGUUGGUGCGCACCUUGGCAAGGGUGAAGUGUGUCUUGGUGUCGUCUUGGUCGUCGAGUUUGGCCGCCAUGGUGCGGCCGCAGUCCAGGAUGAUCACAGCCGCCUCCUUCGGCUGGCCCAUGGCGGCGAACAGAUGCUAUCCAGCUCUCGCUAUCCUCCAACAACAACGCCGCAACCGGUUCU